CGGCCGCGUCAUGCGCGUGGAAGUUACUCGAUUUCCCAUGGAUUUUAUAAACCGGUAAGGUCACCUUGAAAAGACAGUCAUCCUACUGAAUAAAGCCGCAACGGGUCCUAAGUUUCAGUCGGUUGUUGCCGGUGCAACUUGUUAAUAGCGGGCAAUUUUCAAAUUUCAAAAAUAGUACAAGCACUACUUGUGUUCAGUGAAGCUCAGUUGGUUUUAAUUCGUUAAUCUAAACGAAAGAGCAGCUUCACAUUAUCAAAUGGAUACCAAAGAGGCCCUUUUGUCCCAGAUAUCCGAACCGGCCCAUGGUUCUAGCAACAAAGUCACUGUCGUUGGUGUAGGCCAGGUGGGCAUGGCCGCUGCAUUCAGUAUUUUAUCUCAGGGAGUUUCAAGUGAUGUAGUACUAGUUGACGUGGUGGCAGACAAAUUGAAAGGCGAAAUGAUGGAUUUACAACAUGGCGCCCUAUUUUUGAAAAACGCUAGGAUCACCGCUGACACAGACUAUGCAGUUACUGCUGGCUCCAAACUGUGUGUCAUAACAGCAGGUGUCAGACAAAAAGAAGGUGAAUCUCGUUUGGACCUAGUUCAACGCAACACCGAUGUUCUCAAACACAUUGUCCCCAAGCUAGUCCAGUAUUCUCCAGACACCAUCCUGUUAGUAGUCAGCAACCCUGUCGAUAUUUUAACCUACGUGGCCUGGAAACUUAGCGGCCUUCCUAAAAAUAGGGUUAUCGGUUCUGGAACGAACUUGGAUACGUCCAGAUUCAGGUUCUUGAUCUCACAGAAGCUCGGUGUAGCUCCCAGCAGUGUUCACGGAUGGAUUAUUGGUGAACAUGGCGAUUCCAGUGUCGCCAUUUGGUCAGGAGUCAACGUUGCCGGUGUUCGACUGAGGGAAUUGAACCCUGCCGUUGGAACGGAAAACGAUCCCGAAAAUUGGAAAGACAUCCACAAACAAGUGGUCAACUCCGCAUACGACGUCAUCAAGCUAAAAGGUUACACUUCCUGGGCCAUCGGCCUUAGUGUAGCUUCGUUGGCGUCCAGCAUUUUGAGAAAUUCGAAUAACGUUCAUGCCGUUUCUACAUACGUGAAGGGCCUACACGGACUCGAACACGACGUUUUCCUCUCUGUUCCCGCCGUUUUAGGAGCUGGGGGAAUCAGUCAUGCAGUAUCCCAACCACUCAGCGACGACGAAAGAGAGAAUCUCCACAAGGCAGCAACACUGAUGGCUGAGGUCCAGAAAGGACUGAAGUUCUAAACAAUGCUUGUUUGGCCGGAUCUCCAACACUUUUGUCGAAUUAGGCUGUUUUAUAGGAACGAGACAUUUUUGUUUAUUAGUUGUUAUUUUUGAUGCAAGAUGUCUCUCAAGUUCUAUUCACGUAAAACCUAAACAACCAACAAGGAAUAUUCAUACAUAUCAACGCAAAAAAUGGAUGGGGAAUAUUUAAGUUAAUAUAUGUUUUUAUAUGCUUUCUUAAUAUUGUAUUGUUUUCCUCUAUUAUAAUUUUAUAGUAUUGAUUUUAAGUAUUAUGCCAGAUUGUAUUUAUAUAAGCAAUAUUUUAUUAUUUAUAAUUUUUAGUUGCUAAGUAUUAAGUAAAAUAAUUUACUAGAAUUCCUGUCUGGUGAGCACAAUUAACUGGUCUUAUGCUUAAAUUGUGACAAUUUUGUGUGAUAGGUGUUCGAUAUUUUUUUAAUAAUUCAGUAUUAUAUCUUUAUUUAAAUGCAUUUUUUAAAUAUGUUGCAUUUCUUUAAUUUAGUGUUUUUGGAAUUUAAAAUAGCAAUUGUCAUUGUUUUGCUGUGAGAUUAUUAUAUAUAUUUUUUUUAUUUAUUACAUAUUAGUUUACUUAUAACAUAUUUUUGAAGCGUUUUUUUAUUUUAUAUCUAUGUAUUAUUUGAGAAAUAUAUACAUUAAAUCUAUUUUUCUCUCAAAGAUGCUAUUGUACUAAGCUCGAAUAUUUUAAUAAAGAUUUUUAACUGUG